CUUGAUUAGUCAAGCCAGAAUUUUUGGGAUGUCAAAUUUUUAUAUCAAAAGAAACUAUGAAGCUGCCAUCACUACCAAAAAAAAAUAAUAAUAAUAGUAAUAGCAAUAGAAUUAGCUACAAACCUCCUCUCUAAAUACUUGUAGAGAACAUUUUUUUGAUAAUUAGUUGUUAAUCAUCGUUAAAUAGGAUUGCCGACAUAUUUUAUAGUUUAGCUACAAAGUUAGUUCUAGGGCAUAUAAAUGAUCAAGGUGAUGGUGGAUGGGCACUUCUAUUAAAAAUAUAUGAUAAAAAUUUCCUGCAUGGUCAUCAACCUUUGCAAGUUUUUUUUUUUUUUUUUUUUUUUUUUUUUUUUUUUUGCAUUCAAUCAUGUAUAUACCCUCUUAAGAAGCACAUCUCUUUUAUUAUUUGUCCUCACUGAUCUGGCAGCAUCUUUUCUUUUUUGCUUCUAAUAAAAAAUCCCCUUUGUGUGCCCCUCAAAGAAGGAAAACGAGUACCUAUAUAUAUUUGUGAUUUUAAUUAACUCUGCUUAUCAGUUUCUUUUUCAAAAUGGGAAGGCAGCCAUGUUGUGAUAAAGUUGGAUUGAAGAGAGGUCCAUGGACUAUAGAAGAAAACCACAAGCUGUUGAAUUUUAUUAUGAACAAUGGCAUUCUAUGCUGGAGAAUGGUUCCAAAGCUUGCAGGCUUGCUGAGAUGUGGAAAGAGUUGUAGGCUAAGAUGGAUUAAUUAUCUGAGACCAGAUCUUAAAAGAGGGCCACUAUCAGAAGCUGAGGAGAAUCAGAUUAUACAACUUCAUGCCUCCCUUGGUAACAGGUGGUCUAAGAUAGCAUCACAUUUACCAGGCCGGACUGACAAUGAGAUCAAGAACCAUUGGAACACUCGGAUAAAGAAGAGGCUAAAGUUUCUGGGAAUAGACCCUUUAACUCACAAUCCAAUUGAGCCAAUUAAUCUUGAAAAUUUUGACCAAAAAGCAGAUGAAACGAUCAUACAAUCCAACAUGCCAACACAUACUCAUGAAACAGAGAAGUCGUCGAUAGAUAGUGACACAAAGAGGAUAGAAAGAGGCAACACAUAUGAUAAGAGAAAUGAAGCAAACAUCAAGAUUGAUGAUAUUGCUAAUGACUUUUCAGUAGAAGACAAUGAGUACUACAAUUUGUGCGGAAACUUGGAUGUGGAUUUGUUGAGCAAUACUACUAAAACUAUGUCCUAUUCUAUUGAAACUGCUGAAUCUGCUACAGAAUCCUCAAGUAAUGUCAUCCAUGCAGGAGGACAAGACUCUAUGAAACAAUGGUGUUAUAGUGUGGAUUCACUUUUCUCGUGGGACAACAAUGUCAAUCAACUUGGAGAAGACUUUUUCUUUUGGAGAAACUACAAUCACUGA